AGAGCCACCUCAUUAAUCUACACAUUCUGAGCUGAGGAAGAUGCCUCUACCAAAUCCCUAGCCAUGAUGUAGGCCCUACUAGGAGUGGAGGAAUACAAGAUGAAUACAGGGUCCUCGCCCUGAGUUUACACACUAAUGGAGCAAAGAUAAGUGGAAAUGUGAUGUGAAAGUUCAUAGCUGAAGUCCAGUUGUGAUUCUUUGGAAUCCCUGAGCAGGAGAAGGAGGAGAUUGGGGAAGGCUUCCCAGAAGUAGGAGUUUGAGGGGCAGGUAGAACAAUAUAUGCAAAGACACCAACCUGUGUAAUGGCCUCAUCUGUUGUGGAGCAUCUCCAGGGCCUGAAAUAAGGCAGUGGGCAUGGGAGUGAGAAGUGGGAAACCCAUGGAUCUGGCAUAUCCUCCUGCUCAUAAUGAGAAUAGUCCUGUUCCCAUUAGCCAAGAUGAACCUCAUGGACAUCACCAAGAUCUUCUCCCUCCUGCAGCCCGACAAGGAGGAUGAGGAUACUGACAUGGGGGAGAAGCAGGCUCUCAAUCAAGCAGUGUAUGACAAUGACUCCUAUACCUUGGACCAGCUUUUGCGCCAGGAGCGUUAUAAACGUUUUAUCAACAGCAGGAGUGGCUGGGGCGUUCCUGGGACACCUUUGCGCUUGGCUGCAUCUUAUGGUCACUUAAGCUGUUUGAGAGUCCUCCUGGCACAUGGUGCUGACGUCGACAGCUUGGAUGUUAAGGCACAGACACCACUUUUCACCGCUGUCAGUCAUGGCCAUCUGGACUGUGUGCGUGUGCUUUUGGAAGCUGGUGCCUGUCCUGGUGGUAGCAUCUACAACAACUGUUCUCCUGUGCUUACAGCCGCCCGUGAUGGUGCUGCUGCUAUCCUGCAGGAGCUCCUAGGCCAUGGUGCAGAGGCCAACGUCAAGGCUAAACUACCAUUCUGGGCAUCAAACAUAGCUUUAUGUUCUGGCCCUCUCUAUUUAGCCGCAGUCUACAGACAUCUCGACUGUUUCCGCCUGCUUUUACUCAAUGGAGCAGACCCUGAUUACAACUGCACUGAUCAGGGUCUAUUGGCACGUGUCCCACGACCCCGUAGCCUCCUUGAAAUCUGCCUCCACCAUAAUUGUGAGCCAGAGUACAUCCAGCUGCUGAUCGAUUUUGGUGCUAACAUCUACCUUCCAUCUCUCUCCCUGGACCUGACCUCACAAGAUGAUAAAGGCAUUGCAUUGCUGCUACAAGCUCGAGCCACUCCACGGUCACUCCUAUCACGGGCCCGUUUAGUCAUCCGCAGAGCCCUGCGCCAGGCUGGCCAGCCACAAGCCAUUGACCAGCUGGAUAUUCCUCCUGUGUUGAUUAGCUACCUCAAACACCAACUGUAAUCCUGCAGUCUGCCCAAGAACCCACGAUGCCUCCAAAAACCACCUGGUGACCCCAGUAGCUGGAGGGCACUACAGCUCCACCCACUCACCUAGAGCUGCUCUCCUGUAUUAUCCUCCGCAAUAAAAUCCUCAACAAAAUAA